CAAGCAAGUUGCAAGCUAUCUUUGCCAGUCAAAUAAGUAAUUUAAAGGAUCCUUUAUUUUUUGGCGCACAUUGCAACGCAAAAGAAAUUGCUAGUGCCAAGAAACUAAACAAACAUUCAUUCAACCGCUGAACCCUUUUAUAUUUUCAUAGAGCCUAAAAGUUAAAACAAAUAUGAGUUCCACCUUUGAACAACAUUUGGAACAGAUUGUCGCUGAUCUUUACGGCUAUACAAACCACUGUGAUUUCGCCGUCGUCCGGGAUUUUAUACUGGACAAAAUAGUGAAGCAGAAUAAUUUGCUGACAACCACAUGCAAUGUUGAAAGCGUAAACUUUGGCAGCAGAGCUCUAGGAAUCCAGAACUAUGAUAGCGAUUACGACGUGUUGAUAUUGCUCGAGUUUCCCUCUUAUGAAGAUAUUAUCGUACGCCCGGAUCAACAUCGUCCGGGGAUGGUGCACUUGGACUUCAAAAAUAUGUCAUUCAACAGUUUUACGGAGGACACGCUUCUGGAUAAUCGUUGGUAUCUCAAGCGCGAGGAGGUGCAAACAUUGAUGCAGUGCAUCCUGAUGAAUGCCCACGGUCGCACGCUGACGGGCAGGCACUACGAUAAUUACACACUGCGGUACCACCGCAAACCAAAUUGCCACACCAUCACCGCGGAAUCGAAACGCCAUGUGUUCUCCAUCGACUUUGUGCCAGCGAUCAGGAUCCACUUCGAUGGAUGCGACUGGGAAGGGGUACCCAAAUUCUCGCCAGGACCAAAACGGUCAAACGGAUGCACCUUUAUGAUGAGUGCCAUUAAAAGCGAGAUACAUUUCUUUAAUAAGAGCGGUCAGAACAUAAAAGAUGCCCUAUUGUUGCUGAGGGCACUGUGCCAGGCAAAGGACCUGCCCAAGAUUCGCAACUACCAUUUGGUUUCCUUGGCCCUCAACCUAGUGGCCAGUGAAGAUUUUGAAGAUUAUUCGUUGGAAGAUAUCUUUUUAGAUCUCCUCUACGAUCUAGUGGAUGCUAUCCAAUCCAAUGAGCUUUCGUACUUUUGUUAUUCCGAUAGCAAUCUUCUCGCAAACUUAACACCACAGAACCUCGUCGAUUAUAAAAAUGUUUUGGAUAGCGCAUACCUGACCCUCAAAACUUAUCCUGGACAAUAUAAACUUUCUUAUGAGCGCUGCAGCUGGCACUUUUUUGGCGAUGAUAGUGACGAUUAUUAUGACGAUUAAAGGUUAUCAGUUUUAACAUUGACCGAAAA